UUCUCCAAGAAGGCAAAAUCACUACUCGUGCAACUGCGCCUCUCUCCACCUCCAGCGAUCGUAGAAGCCGAUUUACGCUCCGAUACCGCAAUCCUCAAGUCCCUCCUCAGUAAACUGACUAACCACUCCACCUUCCCCAACGUCUUCAUAGGCGGCCACUCUAUAGGGGGAAGCGACGACCUCCAAGCGCUGCACGAGCAGGGAAAGCUCUGGGAAGUGCUGAGGGGAGCGGGGGUGAGCAGGCUAGGCCCAGCGGGUAAGUGA